AUGAUAAAUAAAUUCGCACAAGUAAAAAAUUCAACUGAAUUCUGGUUCACAUUUAACAGUUUCCGCAGAAAACACUCCUACAUCACCCGACUUCCCCUCGACACUGUCAAAGCCAUCAAAAAAGGCAAAGCUCCUGGCCUUGACUCGAUAACUGGUGAAUUUUAUAUGAACUUACUCGGCAACUGGCUAUUAUACCUGCAAGUACUCUUCAACAAGAUCAUCGACAAUGAGCAAAUACCACCGAACUGGGCCCAGGUUGCCUUGGUCAUGCUCCAUAAGGAAGGAGACAAAACGAUCCCGUCCAGUUACAGAGGUCUUGCAAUGGUCAAUCUUAUAACGAAAAUCAUCACUUCAAUCAUCAAGGGUAGACUCGACAAUUGGGUUGUACACACUGGCUUACUCCCAGAGGAACAAGCUGGCUUCACAGCUGGCAAGAGCUGCUCAGAAAACAUCUUUAUCCUAUGGACGACAAUCCAGCUGAAACUCAGGAACAAGAAAGGCAAAAUGUACAGACUUUACGUGGACUUCAAGAGAGAAUUUGACUCCGUUCCGCAUCAACUAUUGAAAUUUGCAAUCCUGGAGGAGUACUGCAAGAUCAACAAGCUCACAGUUAACCUUGACAAAACAAAGGUUGUGCACUUCAGAAGAGGAGGACCUGGAGAUAGGACUAAACUUUACUACAAUAGCUCCCUCGUGGAGUGGACAAAUGAAUAUGAAUACCUAGGUCCUUCACCGCUUCGGGCUUCUAACUGCAGCCAACGCUGCCUCACGAAAGGCAAAACUUGCCACCGGCGCAGCUAUUUCCACUCUAGGAUUGGAGCUGACUCCGGGCAGGGUAUGCUAAGAAUAUACAAAAGCUGCGUGCUGAGUACACUACUUUACACGGCACAGAUUUGGGGUUUGCGCUACACAGACAAACUGGAGCGAACUCAAACAAUGUUCUUCAAACGACUUCUUUCGCUUGUUUCUGGCAUACCGAGCGUCGAGCUGAGACUGGAGCUCAACUUGUCAAGGGUAAACCUGGAAAUCCUGAAGCUAUCAUUAUCCUGGGUCUGCCAAAUUCUCAAUAUAGACGACCGAUGA